AUGUUGGAAGCAGCUGUGGAGGUGGAAGUGGACGAAGCGGCGUCCGAGGUUGAAGCUUUUGCUGGCCUUCGGGUCUCGGUCUGCUUUCACUCUUACUAUCGUCGCCAGCAGACCGCAGCUGCAGCGAAUCUCUUCGGUCCUGCCUGCGAAGCUCGCUCAACGCAACAGCAGUGCGAAACUUCCUACAAGCUUGUGUUCAACGAAACUGCAACGUUGAUUGUGAGGAAGGCCGUAUUGGAUGAGUCCGGAAAAGCAAAGCCUAAUGAAGCUGUCCAAAUGCCAGUGCGUCCUUAUGGGCUGCCUGCUUUUGGUGUGGAUACCCUUCGCAACGGGUGCAUUGUGCUCCGGAACACUCGACUGCUGUGAUGGAAGGUUCUGUACAAACCACACGUGCUCCCAUUACUUACCGUGGCGCUAACCACUAGGAGCCUGCGUGGAGGACCGAUGACCACGUGACUUGAGAACGCUGAAACGAGGCCGGAUCUCCACCACACAAAGCAGGAUUGACUGACGACUCGCUUCAUGCGAAACUACAAUUUUCCUGGGGUCCAAUGCAAAUCGGCAACAGCAUGCAAGUUCGAAUAAAUCAAAUUCAUCUCUGGA